GCUGUGUUUACAACCAGCUGACAUCCGGAGUCUUCCCGUCCAUUAGCCACCAAUGCACACAGUCAACGAAAUCCAACUACACUCGAUAUUUUCCCCAUGAAAAGCGCCCCCCGCUGAUUCGGCAACUCAACUGGAUGCAACAUUUCAUCAUAUUCAUCAGAUGCAGGGCUCUGGCCCCGUCUCCAGCAGCUGAAGCACACCAGUCCUGUCCUCUCUGAUCCACAUCCACGGCCUUCCGCCUCACUGAGCCAUGACCACCCAGAGGGAUCUUGAUAUGGUGCACCUCCGCCUUAUUCUGGUCAGUGGGAAAACGCAAGACUUCACUUUCUCCCCAAAUGACUCGGCCACAGACAUUGCCAAACAUGUAUUUGACAACUGGCCUGCAGGAUGGGAGGAGGAGACAGUGAGCAGUCCCAGCAUAUUGCGUCUCAUCUUCCAGGGACGCUUCCUUCAUGGCAACGUUACCCUGGGAGCUCUCAAGCUUCCACCGGGCCGAACAACAGUCAUGCACUUGGUUGCCAGAGAGACUCUUCCAGAGCCCAACUCUCAUGGUCAAAGGAACAGAGAAAAAACCACAGAGAGCAACUGCUGCCUCCUCUUGUAAAGCAAAAAACACCAUCCCCCCCCCCCCCCCCCCCCCCCCCCCCCCCCCCCCCACACACACACACACACACACACACCAUAUACAAAACCACACACAUAACAUUACAUACACAUAAACAUGCAUACACCCUGUUCUCUCCUGCCUGUCAUCCUGUCAGCUGUGGAUUUGGAAUAAAUCAGAGGAAGUCUGGUUGGGGCUGUCGCCUGCUUUGGUUGCACACCAAUCUGAGGCUUUUUUUUAAUGUGCCAAUAUAUUAAUUUUUUUGCCCCCAAAACUUUUACUGUGUCAGCAGAAGUUGCUGUUAUUUCUUUUUAUUUGAAGAUCAUGACAUUUAACAGUACCUACGUUCUCUCGGAAACCUGUUCACUGCUGGACAGGAUUUAAAGAGCUAUCGUACAAAGUGAAAAGACUCUGGAACUCUUUGCUCUUCAUGGACACAGAAUUGCUAUCAAGGAUGUGUGAGCUAUAACCCUUCUCUAAUACUCACAUGGAUGUUUCCCCAGGUCUUACUGAAUGGUGUUAACCCUCUCAUUGCACUUAACCAGUAUGUUAUUUCAGAAGUGUUCAUUGUGUUUGAUUGUCAUCUUCUUUUCCCCAAUGGCUGUUUUUUGUUUUGUUUUUGUGGUCAGAGGAACAGACCUAAAUUCCCCUUGUGGUAGAAAACGUGCCAUCCUCCUCAUGACACGUUCUGCCUCUCACUAACUGAACCGUUGGGUCUGUAUCAGCACCAGUGGCGUUUGUGCCAUUACUUUACACCUGUUUGUUCCAGGCUGCGGACCAAUGGAGAAAAGACUUUUAUUAGAAGAGCUGUGUCAACACCUGAGGGGAGGCACGGGUCCACGCCAAACAGGAACAGACUCCAAGCAAGGUUUGUAAAGACAGAGUCGGAGGAUUGCUUGUGUGCCCUCAGGUGUCGUGUUCGCACCUCAGGCGUUGACUUUAUGGACUAGACUGUCGGUGUUCCUUCAUAGUGGGAGCCCAUACGGCGGGCCAGUUAAACGCAGACAGAAGAAGCGGUUGAAGAUGAGAGGGAGGAGUGUCGUUGGUGUGAGACCCCCCCCCCCUCUACUGGACACUGUGUAUGUGGCAAGGAAAGAGUUUCUCCCGCUUGGAUGAGUUAUAAAGGAAAAAAUUUUGGUGGUGUUUCACCUCCUUUUCAUUUGGUUGCUGUCUUUACUUCUUGUUUGCAUUUUUCGUGGAAUUCAGUAAUAUCAUUAAUAUUGAAAUUUAAAUAUAUCGAUUUUUAUCUUGUGUAUAGGUAUUUGUUAAAUUUUAGUGUGGGUGAGUUUUGUUGUGUGAGUGUGUCUGAGGGUGUGUGAUGCACGUGGCAUACUGUAUGAGGACUAGUGAGGGCAUGUGGUCUUUAAAAAAAAAAAAUAUAUAUAUAUAAAAGGUGGUGCACUGGGAGUGUUGAUGGGCUGCAGUUUCUUCAGAAACAGUUGGAAACCUUUUAAAUCCUUCCAUUGAGUGUCCUUUGGUUUGUGUUUAUGUCAAUCAGUGUCACUGCUAUGAAGUUUAGCUCAGUAUGAAUAAAUGUAAAAACUAAAAUGCAAUGUGGUCUACAUAAAAGCUUGUAUUAUAAAUUAAUAAAUCUUUAAAUAAGCAACUUA